AUGGCGGGUUGUUUUAGUUUCUCUUCCACCUUGGACUCGUGUUAUCGGUACUAUUUCUCUAGGGCUGGCCUUAAAUCCAUCACCACCGAUUUUGGCGAUGGGACGAUCAUCCACUGUUGGGCGCCCAAAACCAGGAGAGAAUCGAAACCUAAUUUAUUGCUCCUCCAUGGAUUUGGAGCCAACGCAAUGUGGCAAUGGAACGAGUUCAUAUCGCGGUUGAUCCGAUUCUUCAAUGUCUACGUUCCUGACCUACUUUUCUUCGGUAAUUCGUAUACGACUCGGCCGGAGAGGUCAGUCUCGUUUCAGGCUGUCUGUAUGAUGCAUCUAAUGGAUUCGUUUGAAGUUCGGACGAUGAAUGUCGUUGGAAUUAGCUACGGUGGCUUCGUAACGUAUAGUAUGGCCGAUCAAUUUCCGGAGCGAUUGGAGAGAUUGGUGCUCUGUUGCGCCGGAGUUUGCUUGGAAGAGAGGGAUAUGGCGGCCGGGAUGUUCGUCGUGAAGAACGUCGAUGAGGCCGCUAGUAUUUUGCUACCUCAAACACCGGCGAAGCUCAAGGAACUUCUCCGCCUCACCUUCGUCAAGCCUGCUCGAAUUCUGCCCACUUGUAUAAUGGACGAUUUCAUCGAUGUGAUGUGCACAGAGUUCAAGCAAGAGAAAGAAGAGUUGAUUAAAGAAAUACUUAAAGACAGGAACCUUUCUACUCUUCCGAAGAUCAACAAGCCUACGCUGAUACUAUGGGGAGAACAAGACAGAGUAUUUCCUUUGGAGUUGGCACACAGAUUAAAAAGGCACUUGGGGGAAAACGCAGAGUUAGCUGUUGUGAAAGACGCAGGGCAUGCGAUCAAUGCAGAGAAGCCAAAAGAGAUGUACAAACACAUAAAGGCUUUUCUUGUCACCCGCCCCAACCUUUCUCAGUCAAACUCAUCUAUUUAUAAGUUUUGAUUCUCAUAAUUUUAUCCCCUACUUAUUAUACCUCUCCUCCAGGCCCCAAAACUGAGGUGCCUUUAAUCUUACAGUUACUUAGGUCGGGUUGUCCAGAUGACCUGAAUUGUGAUUAAAUCCAUAAAUAUUAUUAUUUAGUAUGGAAAUAUUAAAAUUCGCCAUGUUAUUCCAGCUAUGAAUAAGAAAAAUCAAUAAAGA